AAAAUUUUCUACUCGCAUAAGCUGAUGGUUCUGGUUAAAACACAACCAAUGUUCAGUAGCUGGUUACCUAUUGCGCAAAUAAGUUCAAACAUGAAUCGCGUUCCGAACUUUGCUUUGUGUGUAAAGUAGUGUUUUGUAACAAAUGACUUGUGUCUUUCUUAGUUUAUUUAAAUUUUUGUUAAGUAGAUAAUCACAGUGUCCUAGCGGACGUAGGUUUUUUACCAUCAUCAAUCCGAACAAAGUAGGAUUUUAGAGUUAGACCGCUAAAGUGUUAAAAACGAACGAAGAAGAACUGAACCGAAUUUUGUUGUGCAACAGCAAAGGGAGCGAACGAAGAAGCGGACUGAGAACGUAUUCCCAUGUGAUUUUUGUGCUUUUUAUAGUCGUUUAAAAUUAGUGAUUAGAGGAGAGAAAAUCGUUAAAAUAAACAAUCUUUCCGCAGAAUAAGAACAGUUGUUGCAUUGGGCAUUUGUACUUAUAUUGUCCUAUGAAUAAACUGCAUUAAUCGAUCGGUAAUCAAUUUAUGACCUUGCAAUUAAAAAAACAUUUUUUAUUUAAUAAAAACGUAUCGCAGCCGUGUACUGGAAAUAGAAGGGUGAAAACACCGGAAUCACAGUGAGGGAAUAAAAACUGUUCACCACAGAGAAAUAAUAACUUGUGCUGAUACCGAGAACAAUAGGUGUGCUAUUUUUAAACCAACCAUCCAUAUAAACCGACCAUCCAAUUACAAUUAACCGACAUGAAAAGCUAUUUAUGGCCUCGUGAUGGACAAGCCAUUUAAAUCCAAUCACUUAACCACAUGCAGAUAUCCAAAGAGAUUUCGAUCGAAAAACGCGUAAAACAAUUCGGUGCAAUUAAAUACGCCAGUGAUAUGACGUUGCUUGUAGGAUUUAAUUUUUCAUGUUUAUAUAAUGCUCCCGGAGCAACAAAAUUCGAUUGGAAGCCACAGCACAAUAAAACCGAAACGAAAACGGUCACCGAAUCCAUGGUUAUCCUUCCAAGAUAAUUUAACCGUCAGCGAAUUACGUAAAGGUCGUCGCAUACACGGACUGCAAUUUCCAUUACAUCCGCUGCAAAUCAUUGGAUGGAUUGCAUUGUUCGGAUUUGGUUUGGCUAGUUUCUUGAUACUCAUACCAGCGCUAUCGCCACAGUUCCAGCAACCCGUGUUGGGCAUCUUAUCCGGAUUGUAUGCCGUGCACAUCGUUGCACACAUUGCAGCUGUACUGAUUGAUCCCGCCGACAAAGAGCUACGGAAAUUGAGCAGUGACCGAAUCGUUCCGGAAUUUGAUCGUUCGAAACAUUUGCAUGUGAUCGAAAAUGGUCGAUGCCAUUUGUGUAACAUAAAGACGUCGAGUCAUCGAACGAAACAUUGCAGUGUUUGUAAUAAAUGUGUUGAAAAAUUUGACCAUCACUGCAAGUGGCUAAACUGUUGCGUGGGAGCGAGAAACUAUGUGGCUUUCCUCAUGUGUGUGGUAUCAGCUGUUGUGGCCUCAUUGGUCGUUUUAUGCUGUGUCGUCUGCGAAUUUGUAUUCUAUUAUUAUCAACCGGAAUGGCUGAACAUAUGGUCGACGCCUGAACCGAAUGACAUUUUACCGGAUACAAUACCAUCGCAAGUGUUCAAUGAUUCGUUCGUACCGCCAACAAAUUUAACGGAAUCAUCGACCACAAAUAACGAUGGUAUCGGAUUGCACGAUACACUAUUUCUAAUAUUUAUAGCCGUUCUAGGAGUGUUAGCAGCUAUAUGUGUUGGGCUUUUACUUCAUCUAUGCUUCUUCCAUGUGUAUAUUUCCUUCUUAGGCUUGACAACAUACGAAUAUAUUAGAAGUCAACGUCAAAAUGUUAUGUCCACAUCUGAACCACCGAGUCAAACAACAACAUCUAUUACUACCAUUAGUGAUACAACAACAAAAACAUCAUCAAAAUGUCCGUCCACAAUCUCUUCAGCACAGAAUCGGAAAUUACAUCCUUCCACUCAACUGUUUCUUUGUUCAACUGUAUCUCCAAUAGACACUGUAGACACUGUACCAUCGAACAGCGAGCUAUCCAAGUACCGUCCAAAAACACUUCAUUGCUGUGACGACAAUGCUCACGAAUACCACAAAACAUCGCACAAGUCAUUUUACAUGUGUUCAAUGCUGGAGGAGAGCUCCACCACCAAAAAGUAUGGUAUGCCGAGGAAAGAAUGUGCAUCACGAACAUUUCACUGCUGUUCGCAGUAUAAACAAAUAACCAAAAUUCCGACUGAUAGAGACAUUGAAGCAACUGCGGCUGAAUCGUACAUGCAAUUCUCGGAACAGUGCACGUUCUGCAGCUUUAAGGUUAAAACGCCGAACAAGUCUGAUGCAACAGCCACCGUACAAGAUAAACGUUGUUGCUUAAAAACGAUUACGAAGCAUCACCGAUGGAAACGAAAAUGGAAUUGUUGCAAUGUCAGUCCUGAUAGUCCAGAUGUCCCAAUCGACGUUAUACGAACUGUUUCAGAUGUUGUGUCCGAAGCUACGUUACACCAACAACAGGAACAUCAACAUGAUCAGCAACAAUCAAUAACAAACGGUGCCAACAAUUCUCAUUUAACGAAUGUACCACGCAAAAAAGACUUCAAAAAUGGUAGACCACCAAUAUCGCCAAACAUCAAAACCAAUCGUCCUAGACUAGUUCGUCCAUGGCCUGUUGUACGAUUUCGUCACAUGCUACGAAUGAUCGGCCGUUAUCGUCGACCACAUUGUCGACACGGUACACCUGCCGUCAAUAUCAAACAGAAUCAAGUUCGUCCUCUAUCCGCAUCAGAACAGAACAGUCCGAACCAAAGUCAUACCGUUCUGCCAACGUCCAUCAUACGAGAUGAAUCGUCGAUCAUCACAUCAUCGGCCAAUGUAACUCUACCGGCAUUACCACCGCCACCGCGACGAAAAUUACGCAAUUCAACCGAUCUGCAAGAGCUCGCCGAUUCAUUGACAUUCGUCCAGCAGCCCAGAUAUUUGCCGAACAACCGGAGACAACGUCGUAAGAACGUUUUACGUAAUCGCAGUCCGACACUGUCGCCGAUUCACGAGUCGGGCCUGUCGAAUCCGACAUCACCGCAACCGUGCAGACAUGCUAACAAUGCACAACAUUCGAUUAAUACGUCAACGGUCGGUGCUGCAUAUUUAACUGUGAAUUUGACGACCGGCAGAAAGGAUACGACGUCUUAAAAUACAGAAAAGACUUUGAUUUGGCAAUCGUGGAUUGUGAAAAGAAAAAUUGUGAAUGCAAAACGCAGAGGUCAGAAUUCAAUUUAUUGUAAAAACAAAUUAAUGGAAAAUGUUACAUCCAAACUACAAUUAAAAUAAAUGUGAUUGUUCGUUACAAAAA